AUGGCUGCAAUGACACUGAAUCUCUUAGAACAAAUGAUGGCAAAUGGAGACAUAACUGUGGCUGACCUUGCCAGUUUAGCAAAUACCAACAGUCAACAGGAACUCUACAACCACGAAGACAAUGCUGCCACGCCAGGCUCCGUUGAUGAGACAGGUUUUGAGGAGACAGAGACGAUCGUCUCUGUUGUCACCACCACCCCCGAGAACAACCUACAAGGCCUAGACCAGUACAAUGGCGAAGAACUACUUGCAGCCGAAUUCGACAAAGAAGUAUUUUUGGAAGAAGUCCGCAAGUACAGAUGUUUGUGGGAUAUUGCUUCCGAAGGAUACAAAAUUAGGCCCAUGAAGCAAAACGCAUGGUCAAAAAUAGGCCAGUUAUUCAACAAGGACGUGGAAUUUCUUCAGAGGCAUCUAAAAAAUCUAAAGGACAACCUGAAAAAAUGUUUGGACAAGAGGAACCGGAUGACUAGGUCUGGUGCUGCUGCAAGUUCAUUGCCUAAAUGCAAGUACUUUGAACAAAUGAGAUUUCUGCAUGAAAAAACAGCAAACAGGCCCACAGAAAGCAACAUUAUUCAAGCUGAAACAGCUUUGCAGUCUGAAGAUGUUUUGGACGGCCCAUUAGCCCCUCAGAUAUCAGUAAGGCCAGUUGUUCUGAGUGGUACAAAAAGGAAGGCAAGUGACACACCAUCCUCUUGUGGUAGUCAAGGGUAUAAGAAUCGUCAAGAAAGAUUUGAUAAUGCAAUCCUGAAAGAAUUGGAAUCCACAAAUAAUGCAAUCAAGUCAGUUGUCACUACUGAUAAUGAGGAUGAAGUUUCUCUGUAUUGCAAAAGCAUCAUUCCAAUAAUAUCAUCUUUUUCAAUUAAAAAGAAACGAUUAGCUAUGAUCAAAGUCAGCCAACUGUUGUUUGAACUUGAGUUUGAACAUGAAUAA